AACUGGUACACAUUUGAAAGCAAUCAUAAUGAGAUACCUAUUUUGUUCUAAAAAAUUCUAAUGUCUUACAGGUAAAAGAGAAACAGUAAAAUGGAAUGGGAAAAUCAAACCAUUCUAGUGGAAUUCUUUUUGAAGGGGCUUUCCGGUUACCCAAGGCUUGAGCUACUCUUUUUUGUGCUAAUCUUAAUAAUGUAUGUUGUCAUCCUUCUGGGCAAUGGCACCCUUAUUUUAAUCAGCAUCUUGGACUCCCAGCUUCAUACCCCUAUGUACUUCUUCCUUGGGAACCUCUCCUUUCUGGACAUCUGCUACACCACCACCUCCAUUCCCUCCACGCUGGUGAGCUUCCUCUCAGAGAAAAAGACCAUCUCCUUCACUGGCUGCGCAGUACAGAUGUUCCUUGGCUUGGCCAUGGGGACAACAGAGUGUGUGCUCCUGGGCAUGAUGGCCUUUGACCGGUAUGUGGCUAUCUGCAACCCUCUAAGAUAUCCUGUUAUCAUGAGCAAGGAUUCCUUUGUGCCCAUGGCAGUUGGGUCCUGGAUCAUAGGAGUCAUCAAUUCUGCAGUACAAACUGUGUUUGUAGUACAAUUGCCUUUCUGUAGGAAUAAUGUCAUUAAUCAUUUCUCCUGUGAAAUUCUGGCUGUCAUGAAACUGGCCUGUGCUGACAUCUCAGGCAAUGAGUUCAUCAUGCUUGUGGCCACAACAUUGUUUAUAUUGACACCACUGUUAUUAAUCAUUAUUUCUUAUACAUUAAUCAUUGUCAGCAUCCUUAAAAUUCGCUCUUCCGAGGGGAGAAGCAAAGUCUUCUCCACCUGCUCCCACCUGACUGUGGUGAUAAUAUUCUAUGGAACCAUUCUCUUCAUGUACAUGAAGCCCAAGUCUAAAGAGACACUUCAUUCAGAUGACUUGGAUGCUACUGACAAACUCAUAUCUAUGUUCUAUGGGGUUAUUACUCCUAUGAUGAAUCCUUUAAUCUACAGUCUUAGGAACAAGGAUGUGAAGGAGGCAGUUAAACACCUACUGCGAAGAAAUGUGUUUAACAAGUAAAUGGGAAAGGGACAGGUAAUUUUUAUAAUCACAACAUGGCAAUCGAUUAGGGAAACCAAAGAGCCAAAUAGAUAGGUUCUCACUGCUGUGUCAAAUUCAUCUCUCAAAGCUCUGAAGCUCUAAAAUAUUUUUGAGUGCAGUCAUAAUGAAAAUAAGUAAACAAAAUGUCCAUGUUUUAGGAGUCAAUGAUUGUAGUUUGUUCUUGUUUUUGUUGUUGAAGAGCUUGAUUGUGAGGGCAAGUAGAGGGGUUGUGUAAUAAUGAGAGAGAUUUCUAGACAGGAAAAAGUUACGCUUGUAUUAAAACCUUUAAAAUGUUUUUUUUAUAAGAUUAUUUCCAAAACCAAUUUCAUACUUUCUUACUUACUUUACAAGACAAAAUGAAAACUGGUUUCAGAUUUUUAAAACUCAGUUAAAAUUAUGAAUUUACAGUACUGUAAUUACAAGAACAGUUUGAUUUACUUGGAGUCUAUUCAAGUAUGUAAUGCUGAUUCUCCUCUAUGUAGCUGUAUAAUAUUAAACUUUUGGUUCUAGAAUCAU